AUGCGUUCUUUAUUGCUAUCCUCGAUCGCUGCCUUACAGGCAUUGGUCGUUGGUUUACCACAGCCACAGCCUCUUUCAAUACCAUUAAUGAAAAAAUCUACUCUCAAGAUCGCUGACGGAUAUGUUGAUCUUGCUUCAAUCAGGGCUCAUAUUUCCAGUAAAGAGGCUAGGUUACAGCGGGGCGCUGCUGCAUUCGAAAGAAACACUGGUGUAGCAUCGCUAACCAAGCGUGUGGGAACUUUAAGGUCUGACCCCCUAAUUGAUGACGCAAACAACAGUUGGUAUGGAACGAUCCAAGUCGGUACUCCGCCACAGACGUUUUCCGUUGUGUUUGACACUGGUUCCUCGGACCUCUUUCUACCUGGAUCAAGUUGCGAUGCCAGUUGCAGCGGACAUAAACUAUACAAUCCUAAUAGUAGUUCUUCCUCUGAGUCUCUUGGAAAGGCGUUCAAAACGACGUAUGCCGAUAAUGCCACGGUUACAGGCAAUCUAUAUAAGGAUACUGUUUCGCUUGCUGGCUUCAAGGCCACUGCACAAACACUUGGUGUGGCCUCAAAUACAUCCAGCAGUUUCUCAGAGGACAAAUCUGACGGGCUAAUGGGAAUGGGUCUCAGGUCGAAUUCCGAUUUUUAUGCAGACUCUGUUUUCGAGACGCUGGUUGCACAAAAAGCUGUCCCAGAACCAGUGUUUGCUUUUAAACUUGCAUCCUCUGGUUCUGAGCUUCGCAUUGGUGGCGUGAGCUCUGCGUUAUAUGAAGGUGAGUUCACUUAUACUCCAGUAACCAACAAGGGGUUCUGGCAGAUUUCUGGGGAUGCCAUUAAGAUCAAUGGGAUAGAAAUUGUCACGGGAUUCUCCGCCAUUGUCGACACUGGGACCACAGUGAUCUUGGGCAAUUUCACCUACGUCAGUCAGUUGUAUGCAGCUAUUAAUGCGACAGAAGUUGAUAAAGGUGUAUACGCGUUACCGUGUAACGCCAUGCCAAACGUGACCAUCACUCUUGGGGGCAAGUCGUUUCCGCUUUCCGCGGAGACCUUCAAUAUGGGCCCCACUGAUUCAUCAGGAAAAAUGUGCUUUGGUGGUAUUGUAGGUUAUGACCUUGGAGACAUAACUUCAGGUCAAUUUCAAUGGAUUCUUGGAGACGUCUUCAUGAGAAACGUGUACACUGCCUUUGAUGUCGGACAGUCCAGAAUUGGUUUUGCGGAGCUUGCAUGA